ACAUUUUCAAUUGUGUUUCUUGUCAACAGCAUGGAUAUGAAUAAAAUAACUUUUGAACAAUCAAUGAAACUUUUAGAGUGGUCUCAAAGUUCCGAAAAUGUCGAGGAAUCGCUAAAAAAAUUCGAAACUGAGCUCGAAACUUCUCGUGUAUUAAACUACUUAAAAGCUUUCAAAUGUCACUUUAGUGAUGAACCCUUAUCAUGGAAAUAUUCAUGUUAUUUAUUUUAUCUUCUUUUAAAUUCAAUGGAAGAUAUGGUUUUACACACGAGCGACUCUCCAGAUGAAAUGUCGAAUUUAAGCAUGAAUCAAAUCAACGCAAUUGUUGACGCUAUUCAAAAAUGUACUGAAAACUCUCUUGAAGUUUGUGUCAAAAAACAUCAAAAUAGGAUCUCAUAUGAUGUAAAGAAUCAGAGUGAUGAUGAAUAUAUUCGGUUGACAAGCUGUUUAAGAAUGUUUCGAAAGUUCUUGACGAUUCAUUUCAUCAACUCAAAUAGUUUGUUUGACGAUACUAAGUUAGAUUAUCUAAUUGGAAUCCUAUCAGUUAUUUCCUUAAGUCGACACAAAGACGAUGUAAUCGAAUUUCAAGAGUUAUAUGCCCAGUCUACUAAAGAUUUUUCAGAAAAUCUUAUUUUCAAAUUUCUGAUGAUGAUCAAAGGAUUUAAUGGAUUUUCAAAAGAUUUUCAAUUGUUGGUGCAUCGUGAACUAUUCAAGUUAAUUCGAUCGCCUGUAGGGUUCUUUGUUUUAUCUCAAAAUCUCCUUGUAAAACCAAACGACUCUCAAGUACCCGUUUGGCAGAAAUGGUCAAUGGUUUCCAAGAUAUUUGUUGCUGCAAUAAAAAAUAUUGACGCUUCAUUAUCAGAUGAAAUGAUUCGUGAUGUCUUCCAACGUUUAGAUUCAAGUUUGAAAGCAAAUGAAAGUAAUCUGGCUGGUGCUUGUGUUUGCGUACUUAAAAGUUUAGAAUCUAAAGAUGAAUUCAAAGCGUUAAUUCAUUCUUCAAUUUUGAGUCCUUUAGCUGAACUUGCUCAUCCUGACAAUCAAAUAAAUGGAUCCAUCACUCUCAAUGCCGACGAACUUGAAGCUGUUAUUAAAACUCUUCACAUUCUUUUCACUUCAUCAGCAACUGCUUCACUUCCAACAAUAAUUAUAUCAAAAUAUUUACGAUUACUUUUUAAUCUCUACACCAUCAUUAUGAUUGAUCAACAUCCCGAACAUGAGAAACUUGGUAAUGUGAUUGUGUCCUUCCUAAGCAACCGAAAUUCAACAGAAUUAAAAAUUGCCAUUCAACGUUUGCGUUUCCACGAUGAUUCCGACGUAAAACUUUUUCCACGAAUAAUUUACAAUACGGAAACAAAAUGUCUUCAAAUGGGCGAUGAUCAAGGAUAUUUAAGAGACGAUACUGAAGCGUUCCUUCAACUUUUAAGAAGUUCGAACAACAAUCUCUUGAUUUUUGAUGUUUUUCUUUGUCUUAUAAAUAUUUUGGGCGAAGUUCAGCAUUCAGGAGACAAUUUUCUUGUUGAAUAUAACGUUUCCGAAGAAAACUUACCAGAAGUUCUUCAUCGAAAGUUCUUUAAGAAACUCACAAUUAUUGAACCGCUACAGGAAAUGAUUCAAUGGAAAUCACUUCAUACACAGUUGAGAGAAAAGGCAAAAGAAGUUUUUGAUGUGAUUAGGAAUGUUUUGACCAAAUCAUUAGAGAAAAAAGAUGUUGAUGAAGAGUUGACAAUCGUUUUCUUUUCAUUAUUGAAGGAAUUAACUUUCAUGAUGAAUGAUGAAGUUGAACAGGAAAAUAUUAAAAAAGAAAUCAAAAAAAUCAUAAGCAAAUGUCAAAAUCUUCAAUUGAAAGAGAAAAUCGAGUCGAUGAUGGUGAAUGUUGUGAAUGAAGCAACAACUUCGAUGGAUCCUUCAAAACUCGAGUUUGAAGAUGCAAUGAAACUUUUCCGAUCAUCUGAAAUUCAUUGCAUAGUUUAUGGAUCGGAUACGUUGGUGAAGCUUCUGCGACGAAGAAAUCCUCAAGCACUUUCAAAUCGACAUUUAAUUCUUGCUGCUGCUUUGCAUAACUUGAAGCAAAGUGAAAGUUAUGCUUAUCUUAAUGUGAUUCGAUUAUUCGUUACACUUUCUUAUGUGAUGGAUUCAGAAGUUGUUGAAGCCCUAAUUACGGAAUAUAAAAACAAAGAACGCGAGACUGACGAGAGAUUGAAGACCGGUGAAGUUUUAUUGAAAGUUACUGAAGCUCUUGGUGAAAUGUCAGUGAAAUAUAAAAGUUUGCUGAUUAAUUGCUUUCUUGCUGGUUCCCGUGACACAAACAAUGAAAUUCGCUUAUCAAGUUUAGCCAAUCUUGGGACAGUUUGCAAGAAUUUGAGUUACCAAAUUUCAACAUUCUUUCAUGACAUGAUGACACAACUGCAAAUCCUCAUCAAAGACGACGAAUAUUUGCCUUCAAAACGAGCUGCCACAAUGGUGUUGUCAGACAUUCUUCGUGGCCUUCCAAAUCUUUUAGAUUUUCAAGAAUUCCUUCUACCGAUUUAUCAACUGUUGAAAAGUAUUGUCGAAAAUGAAAAUGAUCCCCAAACGAAACUUCACGCUCAAAUCGGCUUGGAACAUUUGAAUUCAAAGACAAAAGAAUUUCUCAACCCAAAAUUGAAUGUUUCAAAGGAAAUUAAAAUUAAUUUGGAUGAAAAUGAGCUAAAAAUGAAGGAUAUAAAAUUUAAAUGAGAUUUUAUUGAGACAUUUUAAUUUGUUGAAUUUUCACUGUUAAAAUUAAUAAAAUUAAAAUUCUUAAAUAUCAGUUGGAAGCUGCAGAA